AUGGCCUACACCGAAUUAGAUCAGCUCGCAAUCAACACCAUCCGUCUACUGGCGGUGGAUGCCACCUUCAACAGCAACUCGGGCCAUCCCGGUGCCCCCAUGGGCAUGGCUCCCGUUGCCCACGUCCUAUUCAACAAGUUCAUGCGCUUCAACCCGCAGAACCCUUCGUGGCUGAACCGCGAUCGUUUUGUCCUCUCUAACGGUCACGGCUGCAUGCUUCAGUAUGCUCUGCUUCACCUUUUCGGCUACAAGCUUACUAUCCAGGACCUCAAGGACUUCCGUAAAGUCGACAGCAUCACCCCUGGCCACCCCGAGGCUCACGAUACCCCGGGCAUUGAGGUCACCACUGGCCCCCUCGGCCAGGGUGUCUGCAAUGCCGUCGGUCUCGCCAUGGCUCAAGCCCACACAGCUGCCAUCUUCAACAAGCCUGGCUUCGACCUCGUCAACAACUACACAUACUGCUUCCUUGGCGAUGGCUGCCUGAUGGAGGGUGUCUCUGGUGAAGCCAGCUCCCUCGCUGGCCACCUCCAGCUUGGCAACCUCAUCUGCAUCUACGACGACAACCACAUUUCUAUUGAUGGCGACAUCAACUGUGCUUUCACUGAGGAUGUUGCCAAGCGUUAUGAGGCCUACGGGUGGCAUGUCGUCACCGUAGGUGACGGUGACAGCGAUCUCGCUGGCAUCGAGGCUGCCAUCAAGGAGUGCCAGGCUGUCAAGGACAAGCCUUCCAUGAUCAAGCUCCGCACUACCAUCGGGUACGGCUCCCUCCAGCAGGGUACCCACGGUGUCCACGGCUCUCCGCUCAAGGCAGACGACAUUGCUCAGGUCAAGAAGAAGUUUGGCUUCAACCCUGACGAGAGCUUCGCCGUUCCCCAGCAGGUCUACGAUCUCUAUGGCAAGCACUCCUCCGAGGGCGCGGCCGCCGAGUCCGAGUGGAACCAACUGCUUGCCAAGUACAAGGAGAGCUUCCCUGCCGAGCACGCUGAUCUUGUCCGCCGCCAGUCCGGUGAGCUUCCUCAAGGCUGGGAGAAGUCUCUGCCCACUUACACCCCCUCCGACGCUGCUGUCGCUACCCGUAAGCUCUCCGAGACUGUUCUCACCAAGAUUGAAGCUGCCGUUCCUGAGCUGUUCGGUGGUUCCGCCGAUCUGACUGGCUCCAACCUCACCCGCUGGAAGAACGCUGUCGACUUCCAGCCCAAGGCCACUGGCCUCGGUGACUACUCUGGUCGCUACGUUCGCUAUGGUGUUCGUGAGCACGCCAUGGGCGCCAUCCUCAACGGUCUCGCCGCCUACGGCACCAUCCUCCCCUACUCCGGUACUUUCCUCAACUUCGUCUCCUAUGCCGCUGGUGCCGUCCGCCUGUCGGCCCUGUCGCACUUCCGCACCAUCUGGGUCGCCACCCACGACUCCAUUGGUCUCGGUGAGGACGGCCCUACUCACCAGCCUAUUGAGACCCUUGCCCACUUCCGUGCCCUGCCCAACUGCAUGGUGUGGCGUCCUGCCGACGGCAACGAGACCUCCGCUGCCUACUACGUCGCCCUGACCUCCAAGCACACCCCCAGCAUUGUCGCCCUCUCGCGCCAGAACCUUCCCCAGCUGGAGGGUGCCACCAUCGAGAAGGCAUCCAAGGGUGCCUAUGUCCUGCAGGAGGUUGAGGGUGCUAACGUGACCCUUAUCUCCACCGGUUCGGAGGUGUCCAUCUGCGUCGACGCCGCCAAGGAGCUUGCUGAGAAGCACGGCCUCAAGGCCCGUAUCGUGUCCAUCCCUUGCUUCGAGGUCUUUGACGCGCAGUCCAAGGAGUACCGCCUCUCCGUUCUGCCCGACGGCAUCCCCAUCCUGUCGGUUGAGGUCAUGAGCACCAUGGGAUGGGAGCGCUACUCUCACGAGCAGUUUGGCCUCAACCGCUUCGGUGCUUCGGGUGCCUACAAAGACGUGUACAAGAAGUUUGAGUUCACGCCCGAGGGUAUUGCUAAGCGUGCCGUUGCUACUGUGAACUUCUGGAAGGAUGUUCCCAACGUGCGCUCCCCUCUGAACCGCGCGUUCCAGCAGCUCAUUUAA